AUGUUCGGGGCGACCGCUGAUGAUGUGAGCAAGGUGGGUUCGGGAGGGGGGGGGGGCUCACCAAGAACUGGAUUGCAAACGGGGCAGUGGAGUCCAGACUUUCGAAGCGGAAAGACACUUGUGAAACAUCUUGUUUGCUUGUGUAAAGGAAAGAAGCAACAUCGACUGCAGAGAAGCGGGGACAUUUGUUGUGCGGGAAACAACGAGCAGCUAUCUACCCACCAGUUGGUAUCACCAAAAAAAUAUGACAAGACGUCAGAGACUUACAAACUAGGUGUGAGGCAGGACAUGGAAAAGGUUUACCAACGGAAGGUGAAUGCCACGAAGAGAAAAAACAAUCCAAGACAGUAUGAAAAAGCACAGUCUCAAAGGAACACACCCACUAUACCUAGGGGGUAUGAAGAGUAUGGGCUGUGCGCUUGUAAUGGAUUCAUAAUGGAUCACGACGGUAUUUGCGUAUUGCAUCAAGAGGAUCUGAUAGGGACAAUGCGAGUGGCAUCAGGUGGCUUGGCAGUCUCGGAGAUCUAG